AUGUCAGCCCUACCUUAUCUGCAGAAACUGCGCAAAAGCGAUCUGACCGAGUUCGCGGAGACGAGCAAGUUGCAAGACUAUGCCAGUCUCAAGAAAGCCGAACUCGAAGUCGCCCUCGACGAGCAUCUACGCGCAAACUCGACCACAUACAGCAAAGAGCCGUCUUUGAGCGAGUAUUACAAGCGCCUAGGCAGCACUUCGCGAUCGCCGGUCAAGAAAAUUGCGGAAAAGGUCUCGGACACAGUCAAGUCUGAUGAAGAGACCAGCGCGCCCCCCAAAAAAUCCAGGCGCAAGACUGUUGCUCCCGCCGAGGAUACAACCGACACCGACUCGCCCGUCAAGGCUCUCGUGAAACAACCGGCCAAAGAGAUUGCGCGUCGUUCUUCCAUCCUAACAGCGCAAAUCCCUAUCCCACCAUCUCCAGCCGUGGUCACGGAUGCGAUCGAUCAACAGACGCGUCGCCUUCGCACAUCCAUCUCUCACGCCUACCAGAAGACACAGAUCCACGAAGCGGCCGACUGGGCACGCGACUACCUUUCGUCGCCUCUGACCGUCACCGUUCUGGCCAUCCUGCUUGAAGCAUACGGACUUCGCGCCCAGAUUCUUCCCAACAAGUUGUUGGCGGAAGUGCCAGCCGUGCCCUAUAUCAAAUCAACCAAGACGCCAAUCAAUGUGCCUGAUCUUUUCCUGCUCCUAGACUCCAAGUUCUGGUCGCCAUUCUCUCUCUGGGCCUUGACAUCAUUCAUCCUUCCAGGUUUGAUCUCGUACUUUAUCAAUCUGCCACUGAAGGCCCACCCGAGCCAUUCUUACUCGACCCGUCGAGCCGCUCUGCAGCACAAUACGCAGAUGCAGUUCGACCCAUUCAUCUUCAAUCUCGCCAAAGGAUUGAUUGCCUACGUGGUUUACGCCCAGCAUUUCAACCUGGCUGGUCUUUACCAGCAUUUCACCGUGGCAACAGUCAACGAAAGCAUUCUAGGUGGAUACUCCUCCAUCCUGGUCAGCUCCGGCCUAGGAGCUGCCGUGAGUCUGUAUGAAGCUGUGUUGAAGAACUAA